GACAGCGGUAAUCGAUAGUCGAGAUUGCAUACCUGAUAUCAUCGUCUUCGCUACAAUAUUUGCCUUUACCGGUUCAGCUGCAGUGCAAAAGUCAAUCAAUUUGCGUAAUUAUUAACAAUUUAGCAAAAUGAGCAGCUCCGAGGAAGUCUCCUGGGUCACCUGGUUCUGUGGACUUCGUGGCAAUGAGUUCUUCUGCGAGGUGGAUGAGGACUACAUACAGGAUAAAUUCAAUUUAACUGGUUUAAAUGAGCAGGUACCCAACUAUCGCCAAGCAUUGGACAUGAUCUUGGACUUGGAACCGGAGGACGAGCUCGAGGACAAUCCCCUGCAGUCCGACAUGACCGAGCAGGCCGCCGAGAUGCUCUACGGUCUCAUACACGCCAGAUAUAUACUAACAAAUCGCGGCAUCGCUCAAAUGAUCGAGAAAUAUCAAACUGGCGAUUUCGGACAUUGUCCACGUGUCUACUGUGAAAGUCAGCCCAUGCUGCCAUUGGGUCUGUCGGACAUCCCCGGUGAGGCAAUGGUGAAGACCUAUUGCCCCAAGUGCAUUGACGUGUACACACCAAAAUCGUCGCGUCACCACCAUACCGAUGGCGCCUAUUUCGGCACUGGAUUUCCACACAUGCUCUUCAUGGUGCAUCCCGAAUAUCGUCCCAAGCGUCCUACUAAUCAGUUUGUUCCAAGGCUGUAUGGAUUUAAAAUACACAGCUUAGCUUAUCAAAUUCAGCUGCAGGCAGCAGCCAAUUUUAAAAUGCCACUACGAGCGUUUACAACGGGAAGACCGAUAGACAGCAACACACAACAACAACAACAACAACAGCCACACUGAGAGACGGAGAGACAAUUGUAUUGAGGUUUUUAAACGCUAGGCGCUUUCAUUUAUAUAAAUAUAAAAACUAAAAAAAACAACACAAAAAACAAAAACCAACUGCGUUUGUUUUUCAAAAUGAAAAGAAACAGAAGAAAAUGUAUAACGAAACAAAAUAGAUAAAAGGACACACAGCCACACGCAGAUUUAUUUAGAGCCCUUAAGCACUCAGACAUGUGGAACUUUAUGCGAUGUUGAUUUUUUAUUUAAAACACUGCAACUACUUAUUGAUCUAAACUUUAUGAAAAUAUUCAGAAACAUGUAUUUGUGUUACAUUUUAAUAUUACCGCUGAGCAGAAUAUCCUUCGCAUUGAAGUUUAAGUUCAAGGACUAUACAUGCAUAACUCUUAAAUACACACACACACAAACGCCCACACACACACGCGCUUAUAUAUAGAUUAUUUUCUUCAGUCAAUUAACCAAUUAAAUGUGUUUUUAUAUGUUCGUUUCCUCACUUUUUAUGUAUUUAUGUAUGUUUUGUGUAACAUUCUAAGACACUGGCGGUGCAACACUUGACCAAAAAAAGAUAAAAAGAAGAAAACAAAACAAACAAAAAGGAUACUCGAAUUAGACAGAAAAAGAGAGUGUGUGAGAGAGAGAGAGAGAGAGAGAGAGUUAGAAGUAUAGAGAUAGGUAUGAAGAAACUAAUUUAAAGUAGAGAAAACAACGAUAUAAGCAACAUAGUACUUCCAAAUAAUAGAGAACACAAAUACCGAUCAGCAUUUAUGUAAACGACAACGCAAAUAAAACCCUGUAUAAAUCCAUAGCCCAAUGCGCCAAUCAAACGCUCGAAGAAUCCCAGAGUAGGCGCCUGCAAGAAGAUGGCUACUGAAGGAAAGAAGUUACCGGAACCCCAACUCCCAAAGAAGUAGACGAAAAUUAAUGAAACCAACAAAAACAUCCAGUACAGCCAUCCCCAUCCAACCAAACGCCCACUCACCCACUAAUUUACACACACACAGCGACUCACUCACACACAUAGAUACCGCAAAACCCCCCUAACACCACCCACCCAUACACAGAAUGAAUGCAAAUGAACGGAAGCAAAAGCAACCGCUUGGAACAUAAGGAUGUGGAUCGAAGAAGAGGAUGAAGAUUGGCAGCAGGACACGAGCAACGAACCGAACGAAUCAAGCCCCAAAAUUCCAACAGACACACACACACAAUGAAGCAAGCACACAUACACACCCACACACACUCAUGAGCACGCACAGACAAGCGGAAAGCGAAAGAAUGACAGAAGGAUCCCUUUUCUUUCCAUGAUGUGCACACACUGUUAUCCAACCGAUAGUUACGGCAAGUGUUGCCCUAUCGUUCCCAGAAGCAAUAACAAACUUGUAGCAGUGUUCAACAAUCAAUCAAAAGCGCAAUAAGAAAACGAAUGAUAAAUAAAUUGAAAUCUGAAGCCAGCAUUAAAUUUCAUUGCAGAAUGUGUGUGUUCGUUCAGUAAAGUAAAGAAAACAUAAAAAAAAACGGAACGUACAUAAUACAUAUAUAGCUUUGGCUUUGUUCCAGUUGUAGCGGCAUUAAUCGGUAUAGUUUAGUUUUUUAAGGGUCCAAAAUUGGAAACUUUUCCCUUUCAAAUUUUACUAAAUUCAACUCGCCCUCCCCUUGUUGUUCUUUUUUUUUCUAAUUCUUAACUCUAAACGUAUUGUAUGUUGUGUGCAAAAGCAUUAUAACCCAAUUGUAAUAAUAUAGAGAAUAGCAUUUUUUCUGCCAAAACGAAUUAAUUGAAUUUGAUUUUUUUUUUGUUAAGAUCAAUAUGAAUAUUUGCGUGAUUAGGAGAACGCAAAACAAAAAACACACAAACAAUAAGUCGUGAAGUGAAGAACGUUUUUUAAGAAAAUUAGAAAUAAAGUAUAAAUAUAUAUAUAUAUAUAUGAAAAUCUAUAUAGAGAUCGAUAGAAAGGCCGAGGACCGUUGAUAAGUUAAUCUGAACGUGUGCAGAAAACUGUUUACAAUUAAUUGAUGAGAAAAUAAAA